AUGACUUCCUUACAAGAACAUUUGAUCUUUUACAGAUCAUACCAUUUCAACAACACUAAUGUGACAAUACAUUUGAUUUGUAUUCCAAUAAUUUUGUUAUCGGCAAUUACAUUUUUAAUCCCAGUUGCUUUACCAUCUAUCUCGUCCAAUCCAUUGAUCAAUGUUGGCAAUGUCGUUGCUUGGGUUUAUGGUUUAUACUACAUCUCGUUGGAUGUCAAGGUCGGAGUCCCUGCCGCAUCCGUGUUGGUGACUUAUGCUUAUUACAUUGGCAAUUACUAUAGAUCAUUAUCGGCAUACACAUCACCUACAUCGAGCCAGUUUGUUCACUAUGCAAUUGCUGCCCAUACUUUUGCUUGGAUUGCUCAAUUUUACGGACACGGGGUGCACGAAAAGAGAGCCCCAGCUUUGCUCGACAAUUUGUUGCAAGCUUUGGUGUUGGCUCCAUUUUUUGUUGCGUUUGAAGUUGCAUUCUUUUUGGGAUACAGAACCGAUUUGAAAAAGACUAUGGAUAACGAGGCCGGAAAAAGAGUAAGAGAUUUCAAAUUGAAGGAAAAGGCUCAAAAGGCCGCCAAGGCUCAAUAG